CGGCUGUUCGAGCUCAUCAGAAGAGCCCCGCACCCACCGGUCCACCGCCGCCCCGAAACCCCAGCCGAUCGGCCGCGACCGCGGCCGUCGGCGGCGGAGAUGUCGCUGACCUCGGUGAAGAUCGGCGAGGAGGUGUGGCUCACAUGCCUCUCCCACGCCCUCACCACCGAGACCGAGGAGGUCAUGGGCCUCCUCCUCGGCGACGUCGAGUCUUCGAGCAGGGGCGGCGCGACCGCCGUGAUAUGGGGGGCGUCGCCGCAGAUGAGGUGCGAGCGGAAGAAGGACCGCGUCGAGGUCAACCCCGAGCUGCUCGCCGCCGCGUCGGCGCAAGCCGAGAAAAUGACGGCCACCAUCAAGAAAACUACGAGGGUGAUCGGAUGGUACCACUCGCACCCGCAUAUCACCGUGCUGCCGUCCCAUGUAGAUGUUCGUACCCAAGCAAUGUUUCAGUUGCUGGAUACAGGCUUUGUGGGGCUGAUAUUUUCUUGUUUUAGUGAAGAUGCUCAAAAGGCUGGAAAAAUCCAAGUGAUUGCCUUUCAGUCACAGGGUGGACAACAACGUACCGCCCUUCCUCUUGCUAUGGCUCCAGUGAUUGAUCUUGAUUCAUCCUGGAGUUCAUCGGAUAAUGCAUUUGCCUCACAUUCUGCAUUUGAAGGCAUUGAACAGGACACAGGGGAUUCCAGAGCUUCAAAGAAUAGCAAGGCCUGGGGAAGAUCUCCAGAUAUGGAUUUCUACUCUCAUCCUGACACAAAUCAUUCCGCAAAGCAUCAGCCCAGAGAAAAUGCUAUUGUUCCCUACAAUCCUGCUAACAUGCAAGAAGCGUCUAUUGAUCCAUAUGAUUCAGAUAUGACCCCAAGUAUCCAAGAGGCUUUACACCGGUCAAAUAUGGACAUAAGCGGUGCAGAGUAUGUAAGGAAGGAGGUGCCACUUAUUGUGCUUCCCACAAGACACCUGCUUAAGCUGGACACCACAAUGGCGUCUUACUGUGAUAUGCAACGAGUCCUUUUUGAAGAGGAGCAAUCGGCAUAUAAUCAAGCUAUGCAACAAAAUAUUUGUGAUGGGAAAAUUCAUCCCCUUGCAUCUAUUCACCAUACAUCUACAUACAACUCGUCUCUCUGCAAACUAAUGGAGUAUUGUUUGAGUCCAGCUAUAACUGCACUUCAGGAUCGCGUGAAGGAAAAUGAACUUCGGCUAUCUAUGUUACAAGAGGAGGCUAAACAACUUGAGGCAGAGACCCAAAGCAUGAGAAAUGAUUCUCCCCGUCGCUUUAUGAAUCAUGGGUCUGUUGGCAGCAGUUCACCAAUGGCCCAGAACAGGCAUCCUUUCUCCAAUCAAGGGAACCCGAGGAGCCCUAGAAGCCCUAGCGGUGGCAGCCGGAGGAGGGCCUGUUGAUGUCGAUCUUCUUGCCCUGUUGUGGUGAUGAAUAUUGCUCGUUGUGGCUUGACCGAAUGCUUUGUGAAACCCCAGACCUUAAGACGAACAAAGGGAUAGACAAUGGAACUGUACAUACCCAUCUCCUUUCAGCACUGUGCUGCUGUGCCUGUGGAAGCUGCCAACAGUCUCGAGUUUGCUUUGUGGAUUUGGGGUUUCUUUCCGGUUGCCAAAGUUGCGCUGUACAAAUCCUUUUCGUGGCUGGCCCGAGCUUGUAGCCUGUACAUGUAGAUUCUGUACCUGAACUGCUGUUGCUAAGAUGCGAUUUAUCUGGGGCGGGCAAAGAUGAAGGGCGUCUUUGCUAUGUAAUUCUGGAAAAGGAACUUUGUAGCAAUCCAUUUUGUUGAAAUGCUCCAACUUUGUAGCUUC